AUGUCUCUGAAGUGGCCCGACGUUAAAUCUGAGAGCGAUGCCUUCGCGGCAGAGGUCAAGGAGAUUGAGGCGUGGUGGGAGACCGAUCGGCAAAAACACAUCAAAAGACCAUACACGGCCAAGUCUAUUGCUGCAUUGAGGAACGUUGGUUUCAAAAUCGAGUAUGCCUCAAGUGUUCAGGGAAGGAAGCUUUGGCGUAUUCUGAAUGAGCACAAUGACAAUGGUACAUACGAACUUACAUUCGGAACGACUGAGCCCCUGAUUGCGAAGGAGAUGGCAAAGACAAUGCAAACUGUGUAUGUAUCCGGCGCGCUUUGCGGGCUAUCACAAGCCACCUGGCCGGGUGAAGACCAUGCCGACUAUCCUGCCGAUCUCGUGCCAUCUGUCGUCAAGCGCAUCUUCAACACCCAACUAUUCCACGACCAGCGACAGACACAGUUGAGGAUGAGGUACAGCGAAGCAGACCGCGAGGCGCUCGAGUGCAUCGACUACAUGCUGCCCAUUGUCGCAGACGCCGAUAUGGGAUUCGGCACAUUGACUGGAUGCAUGAAGCUGACAAGGAGCUUUGUCGGGGCCGGUGUCGCGAUGAUCCAUAUCGACGAUCUGGCAAUGGGUCUCAAGAAGUUUACCAAUGGCGAAGGGCGAACCAUUGUGCCAACUUCAGACUACUUGUCCAGGCUGACCACCGUCAGAAUGACCUUCGACAUUAUGGGCGCAGACACCAUGCUUCUCUGUCGAUGUGAUAGCGACCAUGCCGAGUUCAUCACAAGCGUGAUUGACCCCCGAGACCACCCUUAUGUGCUCGGCGCGACGAAGCCGGUUAGCUCCUUCAUCCAAGCAAUCGAGGAGGGUAAGGAAUCUGGAAAGGAUUAUCUUACCGUCAAGUCCGAGUGGAAGGCCUCUGCCGGCCUCAUGACAUUUGAUGAAGCUGUCAAGUUCGUGGCAACUAAAGAACAAUACGAGGCAUACAUGACCGAGGUCGUCGACAAGACAGUUGCAUUGCAGGACCGGCGAGCUGCCGCCAAGCGUAUUGUCGGUCAGGAUAUUGCAUUCGACUGGGAACUCCCCAGGACGCCCUUGGGCCAGUACAUGUGGCAAUGGUCCACCAAAGCUGUCAUCGACCGAUGCAUUCUCGCCGCACCUCUCGGUGAUGUGACGUGGAGUCGUCAGGACAAACCAAGUGCAUCCUCCCGCGAGCCCCCUCACUUGACUGACGAACAAACGCUAACCCUCUUCCCAGACAAGAAAGACAUGCACGAGUUCCACACAGCCCUCCGCGAGGCGUACCCGAACCGUCUCUUCGCCUUCGGAUACACGGGUGCGUAUGACUUCAGCAAGGGAGGAUACUCACCGCAGGAGGUCGAGACGUUCCCGGCCGACAUUGCCAAGAUGGGCAUCGUGUGGCAGGUCCAGCCAAUCUGGGCGACCCAGGGCCUCAGUCUGCACGCCAAGCAGUUCGCGGAGAAGUUCAAGAAGGAAGGGAUUGCGGGCUACAUGCGGGAGGUUGCCGCCCCCUCCAUUGCCGGCAUGGCGACGGAUAAGUACGGAAAGCCGACGUCGCGUGGGGGUUAUCUUGCUGAUGCCUUCUUCGAUGUCGUGGCCGGAGGGGAUAUUACUGAGAUUGCUUGA